CCACACAUAUACACACAAACUACACAUCGACAUGCACAUACAAAGAUAAAGUUUCAGAAUGUUGAAGGCAUUAUCGUGAACGCUAUCACUCUCGUCCCCAGCUAGUGACGUAUUUGACACAGGGAAAGGCGUUACUUCGCAUUUCGUGUGUACAAACUUUACCCAGGUUUUGGGAGUGCCUCAGGGGAUUUCACGUGAUUUUACUCUAAUUUUGCAGUGUCGGAGAAUUACACUCCGUUGUGAUAUAUGUGAAACCGAUAAGUGAAUAUUCCUGUGUUGGUGAGAGGAAGGUGGUUCUAAAUGUGCAGUGAACAGAACAUCUGUAGCCUCAUACUUGCCUAUCAUUUGUUAUUAAUUAUGUGAUAAUUUCAUUGUCUGUAUAACAGGAAAUUCCUGUAUAAAACUGAAGUAGAAGAAUUCUGAUAUUACAGUGAUAUUAAGUUUGAUUUAAGUGAACGUUAUUAAUUCCGUAUGGCCAAAAGUGCGGGAAAUACGAAUUCAAAAGGGAAACGUGCAUUCGGUAAAAAAUCAAAUCGGAAAGAUUAGAUGAAGAAGUAAGUAUGAAGAUUAAACAACGGAUAUCAUCAAUGGAAUACGAUGAGGCUGAACCGCUCCUGACGGAAGAGAGGGCGAUGGCGGGGAAGGGAGAAGAGCCCCGCGGUGCAGCCUGUGAGGGGCGGGGCCAGAGGAGGGAGCCAGAUCAUGACGUCAUUUUCACGAAGCCGGGUUUCGUGUCCUCCUGUGUCGCCGGCUUCAGGAAGAUGAUGAAGAACGUGACUCUGGAACCUAUGCUUUUCCUCAAGAUGGUCGCGGAAGGUAACUAUGGGGUGGUGGCCGACACGCUGGAGAUCGAUCGCGUCUGCCGUGUUAAUCUGAACUUCAGCCAAGAAGAUUGCCUUAACAUGGACGAUGGAAACCACACGGAAGUACAGGUGGCCGUGCAGCGUGUCCAGAACGUGUUCAACUACAACCAGAACCUGAUGGACAGCCUUCUCCCGCUGGCGGUGGUACUCUUCAUGGGCUCCCUCAGCGACCAGUACGGGAGGAAGCCGCCCAUGCUGGCCGUCCUGGCCGGCUUUGUGGCUGUCUCCCUCCUCUACCUCCUGACAGCCAUCAACACGACAUGGCCCGUGGAGGUGCUGUACGUGGCCACCUUCGCCGUGGACAUCACGGGCUCGUGGGUGGUGUUCAACAUGGCCGUGUACAGCUACGUGGCCGACAUCACGGCGCCGGAGACCCGCACCAAGCGGCUGGGGGUGCUGGACGCCGUCUGGUAUCUCGGGGGGCCCCUCGGCCGGCUCCUGGGCGGCUGGCUUUUCCCCGCCGCCGGCUACGGCGUCGUGUUCGCCGUCUCGGCGAUGCUCUGGGUCGUCUGCUUCUUCUACGUGCUACUCCUCGUGCGCGAGAGCGUGCCCUCCACGCCGCAGGAGCCGGCGCCGCAGGAGGGCCGUGACGCGCGCUGCGGCCAGUUCCGCCACGUCAUGUCGCUGCUGCGCACGGCGUUCCAGCGGCGUCCGGGGCGCGGCCGGCAGCUCCUGCUGGGGCUCCUGGCGAUCAAGCUACUGGUGUUCUUAACUCAGGGCCACCAGCUUUACCUUUGGGCGCGGCGCGUGCUGGGCUGGGGCGUCCCCGAGUUCUCGACGUGGACGAGCGUGGAGUCCCUGGUGCACCAGGCCGGCAUGCUGCUCCUGGUGACUGCGGCCGCGCGGCUGCGCGUCCACGACGCCCUGGUGGCGGUGCUGGGCCUUGUGUCUAUCGGCCUGUGGUCGGGCGUGCUAGCGCUCGUGCGCGGGCCGGCGCAGUGGUGGCUGACGGUGGUGGCGUCGCUAAUGGGGUCGCUGGAGGCCGCCAUCGAGCCGGCGCUGCGCACCCUCCUUACCGUGGUAGCGGCAAAGGGCGAGGCCGGCCGCGUACUGGCACUCAACGGCCUGCUGGAGGCGGCCUGGCUCACCGUCGACCGCUCGCUCUUCACGCUGCUCUACAACACCUUCGUCGAGAGCUUCCCGCAGAUCAAUUUCGUGGUACAAAGCGGCGUCUCAGCGGUACUGGUCGUAGCAGUCCUCCUACUUUGGCAUCGCUUCCGGAAUCCGGUACCCGACGAUUCCCAGGUCGAAAACCCAUCUGAGAGCAAUCCUUAUUCGGCCCCCCACUCGGCACCCUCCCCCUCCCCCGCCCACGCCCACGCUCAUCACAUGUGAAAUGGGAGGGAUGGUGGGCGGGAUGAAAAACUGUCAUGGUGCUUCCUGUGACCGUCUUUCUGCCAUGUACAGUCACACCCAAUGUACUGGGAAUGAAACUUCGAAUCUUUCCUUGAAGUAUUGAAGCUUAUGAAUAAAGUUUCGUACCCUUCUUAU